AUGGAGGAGCAUGAGGAACAUCUGUGGCAGGUUUUGCAAUACCUUAGAGAGAACCACUUGUAUGUGAAUGUGGAAAAAUGUGAAUUCUUUCAGACAAAGAUCAAGUACCUUGGGUAUGUUAUUUCUGGAGAUGGUAUUGCAGUGGAUCCCUCAAAGAUCCAAGCUAUUCUUGAGUGGCUUGCACCUACAAAUGCUUCUAAGGUUCGUAGUUUCAUGGGAUUGGCAGGUUACUAUUGGAGAUUUGUUCAGGGGUUUUCUAGGAUUGCUCAUCCCAUUACUUCUCUACAGAGAAAAGGGAAGAAAUUUGUGUGGUCAGAGAAGUGUCAGGAAUAUUUUCAGGUUCUUAAGGAGAAGUUGGCCAGUGUGCCUAUUUUGGCAGUUCCCAACCCAUCUGGCGAUUUCAUGGUUUGCAUAGAUACAUGCUUGGAAGGGUUAGGAGCGGUGUUAAUACAAGAUGGAAGAGUGAUUGCUUAUGAGUCUCGUAAAGAACCAUGA